CUGUUUCAGUUUAUAGGUAACUCUUGUAUACAGAGGGUUAGUGAAGAGAGGAAGUAACAUUAUGGCUCGAGCUAUGGUGCAUCUCCUUAAUGCGUCUUUUAUGAUCUUAAUGAUGAUAUCUGUAAUGAUAGAGGCAGCACCUACCUACCCACCUCCAACUCCAGUAACCCCAGCACCACCUACCGAUCCAACUCCUAAACCUCCAGGCACCCCAUCUGGUGAAUCAUCAAAGAGACCAAGGUGUAGGAACCCCAACUACAGUUUCUGCUACAAUGUUGAGCAUACUUGCCCUGCAGCUUGUCCUAAUGCAUGUGUGGUCGACUGUGUUACUUGCAAACCAGAGUGUAGUUGUGAUCGACCAGGAGCUGUUUGUCAGGAUCCACGAUUUGUUGGUAAUGAUGGCAUCACCUUCUACUUCCAUGGUAAACAGAACCGCGACUUUUGCCUUCUCUCAGACUCUAAUCUCCACAUCAAUGGUCAUUUCAUCGGUAAAAGAAAUCAAAACAUGAAAAGAGACUUCACCUGGGUCCAAGCUAUUGGUAUCCUCUUUGAUGACCACCAAAUCUAUGUUGGUGCUAGAAAGACAGCCACUUGGGACCAAUCAGUCGACCGUGUAGCGCUUUCGUUCGACGGACAGCCCAUUUACUUGCCUGAAAUUGAAGGUGCUAAGUGGCAGUCUGAAGUUGAUCCAAGUAUCACCAUUAGUAGGUCAAGUGUAACUAACAGAAUCGUUGUUGAAGUCGAAGGGAACUUUAAAAUAACAGCUAAUGUAGUACCAAUCACCGAAGAAGAAUCCAGCAUUCACAACUACGCUAUAACGAGUGAAGAUUGCUAUGCUCAUCUUGAUUUAUCUUUCAAGUUUUACUCAUUGAGCGAAGAUGUGAAUGGUAUCUUGGGACAGACUUACGCAAAGAACUACGUGAGUCAAGUGAAGAUGGGUGAAUCUAUGCCUGUCAUGGGUGGAGACAGAAAAUUCAUCACUUCAAAUGUCUUUGCAAAAGAUUGCGCUGUUGCUAGAUUCACAGGCACUGAUUCUACUGACAGCGGGUUUUCUUCUGAGUACGCUAGUCUAACUUGUGGCAGUGGAAUUGAUGGAACGGGUGUUGUGUGCAAAAGAUAGAUAGGAUGAUUUCUGCCUGUGGACGUAGAAUCUGAGAUUACCUGAGAGCACCUGAGUGGAAUAGAAACCAAGCAAAGACCACACAAGCAAAGACCAAAAUCUGAAUAUGUUUGGAAUAGAAACCAACUAUAUCCUGUACUAAAGACGGUACAUUACCUGAGAGCACUUGAGUUUAGUGCAGAUGAUGUUUUGUUUUAGUAACUACUUGUAGGUUCUUUAUUUGUCAAUUAAUUUUGUUCUCUAAAAUUAAUCAACAGAUAAAUCUGUAAUUUUAAA